AUGCAGAGCCUGUGGAUGCCACAGCCUGGUAAGGAGAUGACACGCCAGUCCCUGGUCCCCCGUGCCCCGUGAGCCGGGGGCAGGGGCCUGGGGGCAGUGCCGGUUCCCCUCGCUGGGCAGAGCGGGGGGUCUCUCCCUGUCCCCGAGCAGCAGCAGCAGCAGCAGCGGCCAUGGACAAGCUGCCCCCCUCCAUGCGCAAGAGACUCUACAGCCUGCCCCAGCAGAUCGGACCCAAGGCGUCGAUCAUGGACGAGGAGGAUGACAGCGACAAGGACACCCGCAGGAAAAGCAUCAGGCUCAAGCCACUGCCUUCGCCCUCUGCUGGGAGCACCCGGGCCCUCGGGGGGGACCCCGGCCGAGGGGGGGACCCCGGCCUGCUGGAGACGGAGGCCGGCGGCAAGGGCGCCAAGACCAGCACUAACGGGGACUGCCGCCGCUUCAAAGGGAGCCUGUCCUCGCUCACCAGCAGGCACCUCCACGACGCGGCCGAGGAGAAGCGGCUCAUCGGCGGCGAGGGGGAGCCGGCCUCUCCCGGGGAGGACAAGAGUCCCCCCGGCAGUGGGGAGCUGGAGCAGGGGCUGCCUGUGCCCCCAGCGCCCGCCUCCCCCCCGGAGCCCCAGCAGCCGCCCCCCCGGGCCUGCUCCUCGACCUCCAUCAAAGUGGAGGGAGGUGGAGGGUGCGACCAGAUCACCCCAGAUGAGGAGCAGAGGCUCGGCCAGGCCGGUUUCAUGCAGAGGCAGUUCGGGGCCAUGCUCCAGCCGGGGGUCAACAAAUUCUCCUUGAGGAUGUUUGGCAGCCAGAAGGCCGUGGAGAGGGAGCAGGAAAGAGUUAAGUCUGCCGGGUUCUGGAUCAUCCAUCCCUACAGCGACUUCAGGUUUUACUGGGAUCUGACCAUGCUGCUGCUGAUGGUAGGGAACCUGAUCAUCAUCCCUGUGGGCAUCACUUUCUUCAAGGAUGAAAACACCACCCCAUGGAUUGUUUUCAACGUGGUUUCGGACACGUUCUUCCUCAUCGACCUCGUCCUCAACUUCCGGACAGGCAUCGUGGUGGAGGACAACACCGAGAUCAUCCUGGACCCGCAGAGGAUCAAGAUGAAGUACCUGAAGAGCUGGUUUGUGGUGGAUUUUAUCUCCUCCAUCCCCGUGGACUACAUCUUCCUGAUCGUGGAGACGCGCAUCGACUCCGAGGUGUACAAGACGGCGCGGGCCCUGCGCAUCGUGCGCUUCACCAAGAUCCUGAGCCUGCUGCGCCUGCUGCGCCUCUCCCGCCUCAUCCGCUACAUCCACCAGUGGGAGGAGAUCUUCCACAUGACCUACGACCUGGCCAGCGCCGUGGUGAGGAUCGUCAACCUCAUCGGGAUGAUGCUGCUGCUGUGCCACUGGGAUGGCUGCCUGCAGUUCCUGGUGCCCAUGCUGCAGGACUUCCCCGACGACUGCUGGGUGUCCCUCAACCGCAUGGUGAACGACUCCUGGGGCAAGCAGUACUCGUACGCCCUGUUCAAGGCCAUGAGCCACAUGCUGUGCAUCGGCUACGGGCAGCAGGCGCCGGUGGGGAUGUCGGACGUGUGGCUCACCAUGCUCAGCAUGAUCGUGGGGGCCACCUGCUACGCCAUGUUCAUCGGCCACGCCACCGCCCUCAUCCAGUCCCUGGACUCCUCGCGCCGCCAGUACCAGGAGAAGUACAAACAGGUGGAGCAGUACAUGUCCUUCCACAAGCUGCCCGCCGACAUGCGGCAGCGCAUCCACGACUACUACGAGCACCGCUACCAGGGCAAGAUGUUCGAUGAGGAGAGCAUCCUGGGCGAGCUGAGCGAGCCCCUGCGCGAGGAAAUCAUCAACUUCAACUGCCGCAAGCUGGUGGCCUCCAUGCCCCUGUUUGCCAACGCAGACCCCAACUUUGUGACGUCCAUGCUGACCAAGCUGAAGUUCGAGGUGUUCCAGCCCGGGGACUACAUCAUCCGGGAGGGCACCAUCGGCAAGAAGAUGUACUUCAUCCAGCACGGCGUGGUCAGCGUCCUCACCAAGGGCAACAAGGAGACCAAGCUGGCCGAUGGCUCCUACUUUGGAGAGAUCUGCCUGCUGACGCGCGGCCGGCGCACGGCCAGCGUGCGCGCCGACACCUACUGCCGCCUCUACUCGCUGUCCGUGGACAACUUCAACGAGGUUCUGGAGGAGUACCCCAUGAUGAGGAGAGCCUUCGAGACCGUGGCUCUGGACAGGCUGGACAGGAUUGGCAAGAAGAACUCCAUCCUGCUGCACAAAGUGCAGCACGACCUCAACUCGGGGGUGUUCAACUACCAGGAGAACGAGAUCAUCCAGCAGAUCGUGCAGCACGACCGGGAGAUGGCUCACUGUGCCCACAACGUGCAGGCCGCCGCCGCCGCCGCCUCCACGCCCACGCCGGUCAUCUGGACGCCGCUGAUCCAGGCCCCGCUGCAGGCGGCCGCCGCCACCACCUCGGUGGCCAUCGCCCUGACCCACCACCCGCGCCUGCCCACGGCCAUCUUCCGCCCGCCCGUGUCCGUGCUGGGCUCCCUGGGCCAGCAGCCCAGCCAGACCCCCCGGCAGCUGAAGAGAUUCCAGUCGCUCAUCCCGUCCGCCGGCCCCUCUGCCGUGGGCUCCCUGUCCAGCACCCCGUCCCAGCUGCACACGCCGGGCGCCGAGACGCCCUCGUCCUCCUCCUUCCACAUCCAGCAGCUCGCCGGCUUCUCGGCCGCCGCCGGCCUGGGCCAGUUCCAGGUGGGGUCUCCUCCGGGGGGCUCCGGCCAGCCGGGGCCGAGCAGCACCUCCUCGGUGGGGCUGAGCCAGUUCCAGAGUGCACCCUCUGGGUCACCCUUAGGCGCAGCUCAGCCCCUGCAGCAGCAACAGCAGCAGCAGCAGCAGCAGCAGCAGCAGCAGCAGCAGCCAGCCCUCUCCAGCAGCGGAUUUGGGCACUUCCAGCAAGCCUCAGCCAGCUCCCCAUCGACAUCCCUCACCCAGCUCUCAUCAAACUCCCCUCCCAGCCUCCUGAACCAGUUCCAGCCCACCACGAGACCACUGCAGGGGGGACAGUCGCAGCAGCUCUCGGGCAGUGGGACCCUGGGGGGACUGAACCACUUCCAAGCCCCUCCUUCUUCCAACUCUCCAUCCUCCAGCCUCAGCCAGCUGGCGCAGGCCUCGGGCGGGCCGUCCGCAGGCCUGUGCCAAACACAUCCAAGUGCUUUAGGAUCUCUGACUGGAACGAUAGCCCAGCUCCACCAAGAGCGGCCUCCCUUCGCCUCCGCGUCCCCGCUCCAGCAGCCCGGCAUCGCCUCUCCCUCCUACACCCCUUCUGGCCUUAGUCCUCCCAGUCAGAGCCCGGUGGCCGCCAGAACUUUCCAGAGCGGCCCUGGCGGGGCCUCGGGCUCGCAGGGCUCGCUGCUGCUGCCGCAGCCCGCCAGCCCCCCGGCCCAGCCGCUGCCGGCGCGCGGCGCGGUGCCGCCGGGGCGCCUCAACCAGGACAUCAAGCUGAUUUCUGCGUCCCAGCCCUCUCUGCCCCAGGAGCUGGCUCAGACGCUGGGCCGCCACAGCUCUCCUCAUUCCUCCAGAGAAUCUGUUUCCAGCUUCUCCCCUUUCCCCGGCGGCGGGAGCGGACUGCUGGGGAGGCCGUGUAGCUCCAUCCCCGGGCGGGUGACGCUGCCACGCCAGAUGUCCUCAGGUUCUCUGCCACACCCGCUGGCCUUGGGAGCCGGCGCCGCUCCCCUGACUGCGGGCGGGCGGAAAGAGUCCAUAGUGCUCACGGGGGAUCUGGAGCCCGUCAGGUCCAAACUGCCCUCCAAUUUGUGAGGACUCCUGGAGGAGCUGCUCCUGCCAGCUCUGCCCUUCAGUUCCUGAUGAGUUCACCGAGCAAUUUGUUCUUUUCUUUCCCCCUGCACCACUCCUGCUUUUUUUUCUUUCUCCAUUUCUUUUGUUUAGGUUUA